CAAAAAAGAAAUGGUAAUCUGUCGGUUUGUUUUGUCUGGGCUCGUUUGAAUGCUCUACGAAAUGAUGUUGUCAGCAUUUUCAUCUCUUAUGAAUCACCGCCAAAGAGCAACUGAAAAACAGAUAUGUGUGUGUCUUUGGUUUUCCGAGAUUGAACAUGAGCAGUGUUUGGUUUGGUGUUGCGGAAAUAAGUUGAGGCUACAGGAAUGGGCAUUAAGAUGAGGUGGGAGCAGCAGCAGGGCAGACAGAGAUGCAAGGUGCUGGGAGUUCCAUUAUGGAAGAAACUAUUACAUCUGUUGUUGGCUCAUGUCUUGAGGUUUGCUGAUCUGGAUCAGAUGGAAGAAGAUGCAUGGACAAUGGUGCAGAAAAGCGGGAACCAAUUCAUAGUGAAUGGACAACCAUUUUACGUUAAUGGAUUCAACACUUAUUGGUUGAUGGUUUUUGCGGUGGAUCAGUCAACCAGAGGAAAGGUGAGUGAGGUGUUUCAACAGGCAUCAGCAGUAGGGUUAUCAGUUUGCAGGACCUGGGCGUUCAAUGAUGGUCAGUGGCGAGCUCUUCAGACAUCCCCUUCUGUUUACGAUGAAGAUGUUUUCAAGGCCUUGGAUUUUGUUGUAAGUGAAGCGCACAGGUAUAAAAUAAGGCUGAUAUUAUCCUUAGUCAACAACUGGGAGGCCUAUGGUGGGAAAUCACAGUAUGUAAAAUGGGGUAAAGCUGCUGGCCUAAACUUGACUUCAGAUGAUGACUUCUUUUCUCACCCAACUCUCAAAAGCUAUUACAAGGCCCAUGUUCAUACUGUGCUAAACAGAGUUAACACUAUAACAAACAUAACCUACAAGGACGAUCCAACUAUUUUUGCUUGGGAACUGAUGAAUGAGCCGCGGUGUGAAUCAGACCCCUCCGGGGAUAAAUUGCAGGCUUGGAUAGAAGAAAUGGCGGUCUAUGUGAAAAGCAUUGAUCCAAAGCAUUUGGUGGAGAUUGGCCUUGAAGGUUUCUACGGUCCUUCCACCCCUAAUAAAGUCCAGUAUAACCCUAAUACUUACGCUCAACAAGUUGGGACCGAUUUCAUCCGCAAUCAUCAAGUUCUUGGGGUUGAUUUUGCUUCUGUUCACAUCUAUCCAGACUCUUGGAUCUCCCAAUCAAUUUCGGAUGCACAUGUUGAAUUCACAAAGUCAUGGAUGCAAGCUCACAUUGAUGAUGCUGAGAACUUCCUCAGCAUGCCAGUCGUGUUCUCAGAGUUUGGUGUCUCUACAAAAGAUCCUGGCUAUAAUGCAACUUAUCGAGACACCCUCAUAAGUACUGUGUACAAGACCCUUUUGAACUCUACCAGGAAAGGUGGCAGCGGAGGUGGUAGCCUCUUGUGGCAGCUCUUUCCUGAAGGAACAGAUUAUAUGGAUGAUGGAUAUGCAGUUGUUCUUUCUAAGUCCUCUUCAACGUCGAAUAUCAUAUCCCUCCAGUCCACCAGAUUAAAGACCUUCAAUUCCUUGUGUUCUUGGAGAUGCCGAUGGGGCUGCAAGAGAAAGCAUGCCUUGGAGAAUUUCCACUAUCACGAUGAGCUUUGAGGGGAUUAGCUUUAGCUAUGCUAUUCUGUCCUAAUAACUACGAACUGAAUACUAUAUAUCACUAAAAUAAUUGGUUGCUAUUACUUAUUUGUGAAUUGUGGUGUUGAACAAUGUUGUUAAGGAAGUAAUAAUUGGUUGUA